AUGGACACUGAGUCCCAGUACUCGGGCUAUUCCUACAAGUCGGGCCACUCCCGCAGCUCCCGCAAGCACAGGGACCGCCGGGACCGGCACCGCUCUAAGAGCCGAGAUGGGAGCCGCGGGGACAAGUCGGUGACGAUCCAGGCUCCAGGGGAGCCCCUGCUGGACAACGAGUCCACGCGGGGGGAUGAGCGGGAUGACAACUGGGGGGAGACUACCACAGUAGUAACGGGCACCUCCGAGCACAGCAUCUCCCACGAUGACCUCACGCGCAUCGCCAAGGACAUGGAGGACAGUGUUCCGCUGGACUGCUCCCGUCACCUGGGCGUGGCCGCCGGGGCCACGCUGGCGCUGCUCUCCUUCCUCACGCCACUGGCUUUCCUGCUGCUGCCCCCGCUGCUGUGGCGCGAGGAGCUGGAGCCCUGCGGGACGGCCUGCGAGGGCCUCUUCAUCUCCGUGGCCUUCAAGCUGCUCAUCCUGCUGCUGGGCAGCUGGGCGCUGUUCUUCCGCCGCCCCAAGGCCUCGCUGCCCCGCGUGUUCGUGCUGCGCGCGCUGCUCAUGGUGCUUGUCUUCCUGCUCGUGGUGUCCUACUGGCUCUUCUACGGCGUGCGCAUCCUGGACGCCCGCGAGCGCAGCUACCAGGGCGUGGUGCAGUUCGCCGUGUCGCUGGUGGACGCCCUGCUCUUCGUGCACUACCUGGCCGUGGUCCUGCUGGAGCUGCGCCAGCUGCAGCCGCAGUUCACGCUCAAGGUCGUGCGCUCCACUGACGGCGCCAGCCGCUUCUACAACGUGGGCCAUCUCAGCAUCCAGCGCGUGGCAGUGUGGAUCCUGGAGAAGUAUUACCAUGACUUCCCUGUCUACAACCCUGCCCUCCUCAACCUGCCCAAGUCCGUCCUGGCCAAGAAAGUGUCUGGCUUCAAGGUGUAUUCCCUCGGAGAGGAAAACAGCACCAACAACUCCACGGGCCAGUCCCGGGCUGUGAUCGCCGCAGCGGCUCGGCGGCGGGACAACAGCCACAACGAGUACUACUACGAGGAGGCGGAGCACGAGCGGAGGGUGCGCAAGCGCAGGGCCAGGCUUGUGGUGGCGGUGGAGGAGGCCUUCACUCACAUUAAGCGGCUGCAGGAAGAGGAGCAGAAGAACCCGAGGGAGGUGAUGGACCCCCGGGAGGCAGCCCAGGCCAUCUUCGCCUCCAUGGCCCGUGCCAUGCAGAAGUACCUUCGCACCACCAAGCAGCAGCCUUACCACACCAUGGAGAGCAUCCUGCAGCACCUCGAGUUCUGCAUCACUCACGACAUGACGCCCAAGGCCUUCCUGGAGCGGUACCUGGCGGCCGGACCCACCAUCCAGUACCACAAGGAACGCUGGCUGGCCAAACAGUGGACGCUGGUGAGCGAGGAGCCGGUGACCAACGGGCUCAAGGACGGCAUCGUUUUCCUCUUAAAACGCCAGGACUUCAGCCUGGUGGUGAGCACCAAGAAGGUCCCCUUCUUCAAACUCUCCGAGGAGUUUGUGGAUCCCAAGUCGCACAAGUUUGUCAUGAGGCUGCAGUCUGAGACCUCGGUGUGA